AUGGACGGGUGGUUGGCUGGGCUGGGCAACGCUUCCAGGUACAACGUGGAGGAGGCGGAGGCGCGUGAGCUGCUCAAGUCGCUGCACAAGAGCGGGCGCGUGCUGCACUACGAGAACUCGCCGGAGCUGGCCGCCACGGUGAUCGUGCGGCCCGACGCCCUCGCCGCGUCGUUCGUGAAGCUGCUCGACGUGCAGGGCGAGUACACCAAGGGCUUCGUGCAGGCCAAGCAGCAGGAGCUCGACGCCCUCCGCCAGGAGCUCCAGGAGCUCGAGGUCACCCGCCAGGGCCUCGAGACCAAGGCCUACCAGCGCGCCGACAACUGGAUCCGCCUCGGCCUCGCCUACAUCGUCCUCCAGGCCGGGUUGGUGGCGCGGUUGACGUGGUGGGAGCUGUCGUGGGACAUCAUGGAGCCCGUCACCUACAUGCUUACCUUCACCACGGGCAUUGGCGCCAUGGCGUACUUCACCCACACGGGUACGGAGUACACGUACGAGGCCCUCAGGCGGCACCUGGCCGAGGGCAGGCUCAAGAAGCUCUACCGCAAGCACAACUUCGACAUCAACCGCUACCAGGAGCUCCAGAGGGCGGUGGUGCAAACCGAGGUGGAGCUGGCGGCUCCCGAGGUGCACCUCCUCAAGUUCCAGACCCUCGCCCUGCAGUAG